UCCGUCCGUGACUCGUGAUCAUUCAUCACGAUAGACAGUAUGAGCGAAUUGCUAGAAUGCCUGCGCGAAAAAAUCGCCGACGGUCACGGCAUGGUUGGACAGCUUCGACUCAUGGACAAGAUCGACGGCGUCGACAAGCUGAUACGGAAGAUCCAGCAGGAGAUUAAGUUCCUGGAAAAGGUACAAAGCACAGAGACUGUGAAGAAGGAACAUCUACAGAGCACAAAUCUCAUUCAUCUCAACGCUGUGAUAACUCGGCUGUCUUGUGCAAAGAAUCCUACCAGUGUGAUGAAGCCUUUCAAAUAUCAGGAAUCACGUUUGGAAGUAGAUAUAGUGUGUAACAAUGGUUCAUCAUGGGUGAAGGUUAUAGCCAGAAAUGCCAAAGCUUUGACUCUGAUAUCGCUUGGCAAUGGAGAAUAUGGACAGAAAUCCAUUCUGGAUCAAGCUAAUUCUUAUCUGAUGUGUAGCAAAUGCCACCUGCAUCGCUAUAGGCCACCAGAUGUCAUAUUUUACUUUGCCUGUGGCAUAGAGAUUCCUUUAGCAUCACGCUUGGAGCAAAUGGGUGUUAUUGUCGAAGGAGACAGGAUAGACACUGAUUUUGAGAACUUGAAUCAGUAUGAGAAACAUCUGGUAGAACACAAGCUGGAUUUCCCCUGGGAAUCUACCGAUGACUCUGAGAAAGACUCGAACGUGGAUCUACAGUCGUUGAACACGUCUGCGCUUUCCACCGAGAUCAAGCUCCUGAAUCUGGAUGUGUCAACACUAUUGGCUUACGUUAGUAAUAUAGCCAACGAGCAUAGCAGUUACGCUUACCGGGAACCGCUGCUUUCGCAGCAGGCUGAGAUGGAGAGGAAACAUCCCAUAAAACCGAUCCUAGAAAAUUUGUUUUGCGACAAGGAUCUCAUUGUGUGUCGGACAGCAUACGAUAACUUCAUGAGCAUCAUCGAAUUUAUCGGCGGCCCGCAGGAGACGCAACGCGCGCACGAGUUGUUGAAGAAACUUCGAAUCGUCGACGACAUACCGACUGGACGGGUUAUGGGGUUACGUUUGGGCGGUAAAAUCAAGGAUCGAUCGCGGUUGGUAUUUGCGACCGGCGAAAAUAUGAAGAGCAUUACUGUUUCCGCCAACGAAGGAUUUGUCAGAGCCGCACGUAUGCAGGGUAUUGAGUGUACAGUCUUUUUACAUGAGCCAAGAUCACUGUCUGAAGUUAAAGAAGGUAACGCGACGAGUAUACAACCAUCUUGAUAUUGCUCGAGAUCCACGUCUAGCCAAUUGCGAACAAAGUAUACUGCCGUACAAAAUAUUGAGCGUAUUUUUAUCGUUAAUUGUAUCAUUUUAUACGUUAACGUAAUAAUAGAUUUUACUUCUCCCAGAAAGAGAAUCUGCCGUGCUUCGUUAUCAUUAUUUACACGAAUGUUGAACUUGUUAAAAGAGAUCUUGCUAGAUUUUCCUCGAAUUCUGUAAAAUAUGAAGUAGAUUGUAAAUACAUGGACUUGUGUCGCAAACUGUGCGUUAA